AUGAAGAUCCUCUUUCGAGAAUACUCGUUCAUUUCGUUGUUCAUCUCGCUCGUGCACGCCCAGACAUGGUGCGGCAAAGUCUACAUGAAAAAUGAAACCGUAGUUCCCCCCACCGGCCAAUUUACCCAACCCACCACUUCACUCACACCCCUCCUCGCACUCCGCUGCACGCCCGCCCUCCGUCCCUACCUCCCCGAAGACUCGUCUCUCCAAACAAGCAUCAUCGUAGAUGCCUUACUUCGCUAUGAAGCCAUAGCCGGUGCAGAGGACAUCACGCUCGACGGCAAUGACGGACAAGGGCAAUUGUUGAAUGUGACGGCAAGUAUUGGAGGGACGGAGUUCGCAAAGGGGACGGUAUGGUUGAAUGGGACGACGGACUUGACGUUUCAGAUUUCGGAUCUGUCUAUAGAACCGAGUCUGGAGGCGUAUAACAUCACCUGUUCCGCAUCGACUACAGACGGUUCGCAGACGUUCUCGGCGCAGACUCAACUAUACUACCUCCCCGAACCCAAUUCGUCCAUCGGGAGCGUGACGAAGAUGGAUUUACGGACAGGAGGGUUGCUUGCGAAACCUUUUGGACAGGGUGCAAGCAGUGGGGGAGAUGCGAACGGGUACGAAGCGGUGUUUCCUGUGGGAUAUUAUACGAGUUUUGAUUGGUUGGUGGGGAAUGUGAGUGUGUUGGAGACGUUGAAGGAACAGGGUUUCAACAUCAUCCAUCCUAUUCCCGACACAGAUCCUUUUUCCGACAAUGCAGCUGGAUUCAAUGCUGUACUCGACAAGAUGGAAGAACUCGGGCUCUACCUCAUGUAUGACAUGCGCAACACCUUCCAAAACCACACCUCCGUAACCUCUCAGCUCUCCCAACUCACCUCCCGCCGCUCCCUCCUCCUCUACUACACAACCGACGAACCCGACGGCACCUCCGUUCCCACCACCGGAUCCUCAUCCCCCUCCUCCACUUCCGCACUCAUACGCUCCAUAGACCCCUACCGCCCCAUCUCGCUCGUCCUUAACUGCGCGGACUAUUAUUUCGAGGGCUAUGUGGACGGCGUGGACGUGGUGAUGCAGGAUGCGUAUAGUGUAGGGAAUAAUGUGAGCUGGAGUGUGACGUGGGACACGGUGUGUGAUGAGGAGCAGGGGUGUUGUGGGUGUGAUAAUUGUGCAGGGGGGUUCGAAGAUGUUAGGAACAGGGUGGAGGUGUUUGGGCAGAGGUUGGAGGCUUUGGGCAUGGAGAGGACGAAGAGUGUAUGGACGGUCCCACAAGCUUUCGGCGAAGCAGAAUACUGGCCCCGAAACCCCACAGGCCUCGAAUGGCUCGUCCAAGCCAUAGUAGCCAUAAACGCAGGCGCACUCGGCGUAGUCUCCUGGUCCGACCCCACGACAGACGACAUCAAAGCGGCCUCGUCAGCCUUCGCGCUCGCGUUGCCUACUAUCACGCCUUAUAUAUUGCCGUAUCCUUCGUCCAAUGAGAAUGGAACAAUGUCGAGUUAUCAGCAUGUGGUGACGGAUGAGAGGGUCGAUGUUGGGAUAUGGACACUCAAUACCACGUCUUCUUCCAAUUCGUCAACGACGUCAAAACUUAUCCUCGCCACGAACCUAAACUAUAACACCACAUCCGUCCCGCUCUCCGCCCUCAAUCUCUCUCUUUCCGGCUCUAGCACCGUAACACCGGCACCGACCCUCGUGAUGACCUAUAAUGGCUCUGCGUCUCUGGAUGAGGAAGGGGGAAAUUUGGUUUUCGGAAGUGUGGGGAGCGGGGCGUGGAUAUUUAGUGGCGAUGGGGUUGGGAAUGGGACGGGGGUGCAGGGGAGUCAGAGUAGUGGGGCUGUUAGGACGAUUGGGGGAGGGGGAAGACCAGGGGCGUGGUGGAGGGGGGAGUUUUAGGGUCGGUGUAGUUGUACGGGAGUGGUUGUCGAGAGUUGGGAGAAGAUGGAAGGCCGAGGACUGAGGGAUGAGCGUAGGGCUGAACUGACG